AUGCCUUCUCCAAUUGUUGCCGCUACGGUCCAGGCGGCGGGCCUGUCGACAGCUUCUAAUAUCAUGGCCCAGAUGAUUGAGGCCCGCCAGGCGAAUCGCCCAAUGUCCCUAGACAUAAUCCAGCUCCUCCGCUUUGUUGUACUCACUUUAAUGACUGCUCCUCCCAACUAUCACUGGCAAGCCUUUCUGGAGCGCAAGUUCCCGGCUUAUCCUGUCAGUAAAAGGCCUAACCUCGACCGUCUGAAUGACCUCGAGAUGCAGCCUAGCCAAGACGCACCCGAGCUCAAGGAGGGCUACGAGGAACGUUUGACACAGAUCAACAAGGAUAGAGAGCCCGAGUUCAGCACGCGUAACACCCUGACCAAGUGGUUUGUUGAUUGUAUCACUGCGGGUGCCAUCAUGAACACGGUCGCGUUUCUGGUAAUCAUGGGUCUGCUCAAGGGACAAGGCGGUUCUCAAAUCUGGAGCAACAUCAAGACGGAAACGGUUCCUAUCAUCAUUGCUGGGUACAAAAUCUGGCCAAUUGCAUCCAUCAUCAGCUUCACUUUUAUUCCGGUUCACCGACGCAUUGUAUUUCUGAGCUUUAUUGGUCUUUUAUGGGGUAUCUACAUGAGUCUAGUGGCUGCUAGGGUUUAA